AUCAGCGGAAGGACGCAGAUGUUCCUGGUACCAGACACCCGAAUCAUCACCCACACAUUAUAAUUCGGUGAAGUUAACAAGGAAGUAAUUUGCUCCAUGAUGUCAUAAAAGAGUACGUGAAGAAUCAACUGUGUUAUAUCUUCUGUCAUCAGUUACCUGUCAGCACAUACAUUUGUAUAGUAAAGGAUACAGCAUAUUCUCACCAACGUUGUCACCUUGAGAUAUUUCCCUUAAUUUUGAAUCAAACAUAGUUGAAGAUGGAACCAGCGGCAAAAAGGCGACGAAAGAAUUGGAACAUUCCUGUUUCCACAAUAGCCAAGAACACAUUUAAUCCCAUCAGGAGUAUUGUGGAUUCCAUGAAGAUCACUCCAAAUCCUGAGAAGGAUAUGAUUGCACUGUCUAUAGGUGAUCCUACUGUGUUUGGUAACUUACCACUAGAUAAAAAUAUAGAAGAUGCUGUCAUCAAAUCCGUGAAAGCUGGCAAAUACAAUGGUUAUAACCCUUCUGUAGGGUAUGAAGAUUCCAGAGCUGCUGUAGCUGAAUACUCCAGUACUGAUGAAGUCUUAGUAACCUCCAAGGAUGUGAUUUUAACAAAUGGUUGUUCCUCGGCUCUGGAGAUGUGUAUAACUGUACUGGCCAACGCUGGCGAUAACAUACUUCUGCCUCGCCCAGGCUUCUCUAUCUAUAAGACUUUGGCAGAGGCUAUUGGUAUUGAAGUGCGCUUGUACAACCUUCAGCCUGAAAAAUCUUGGGAGAUAGAUCUUGACCAUCUUCGAUCCCUAGUCGAUGGUAAUACUGCAGCGAUCCUGGUAAACAGUCCCUCCAACCCGUGUGGCUCAGUGUACAGUAGGAAACACAUCCUGGAAAUUCUCGCUGUUGCUGAGAAAUGUCAUCUCCCAAUUAUCUCUGAUGAAAUCUAUGAACAUUUUGUGUUUUCCACCAGCACAUACCAUUCCCUGGGAUCCCUGUCGAAGAAUGUUCCCAUUCUGUCCUGUAGUGGCCUCACCAAAAGAUUCUUGGUACCAGGCUGGAGACUUGGAUGGAUUAUCAUCCAUGACAGAAAUGAUUUAUUUAAAGCUGUGAGAAAAGGAUUGUUGAGUUUGUCCCAGAGAAUUCUUGGUCCCAACUCUCUGGUACAAGCUGCAGUAACAGACAUCUUGACCAAGACACCACAGGAGUUCUUUGACAACACUGUAGGAUAUGUGGAGAGUAAUGCCGAAUUGUUUUACAACAAGGUCUCUAAAAUUCCUGGCCUGGAACCUGUCAAACCUGAUGGUGCUAUGUAUAUGAUGAUUGGUAUUAACAAGGACAACUUCCCCGGUGUGACAAAUGACAUUGACUUCACAGAGAAAAUGGUGAAAGAGCAGAGUGUCUUUUGCUUACCUGGACAGUGCUUCCAGUACCCUAACUUCUUCCGAGUGGUUCUCACUAUACCGACAGAAAAGCUGGAGGAAGCUUGUCAGAGAAUAACAGCAUUCUGUAAGGACCAUUACAAACCUGCUGGCAAGUCCAGGGGGAGAUCAAAAAGAUAAAUCAGUUGUGUUUGUUCAAAAUUGAUUCAACAGAUAACUAAUAUGAGACUUACUGUAGUGAAAACUAGUCACAUGUUUGUCUCAUCUUGUCGGUCAACUAUCUGUCUGAGGGAGGACGAGGGUAACCAGGAUGUGGACAAGAAAUCUUGUACUUUAUGGACGGCAUUGUGUAAGAUAUAGAAAUGUAAAAUUUACAGAAAAAUAAACAGUUUUAUGUAGAACACGGAAUAUGAAGUCAGAGCAAUGCAAAAUUCCUUCUCAUUCCAAAGUAAACAAUACUUGUAAUACAUAUAUAUAUAUAUAGAUCAUUGUUGAUGAUAUGUUGUCUGUGUUAACAAAAAAGCUUUAAACACAUUUACAUUGAUUUGUUAAAUUUUUGUGAUUUUUAUGGGGUAAUUUUUUUUACGUUACUGAUACUGUUUGAAUAGUAAGGUUUUACUGGGUUUUUCUUAACAGAGGGAAAUAUUUACAUUUCUGUUAAUAUCCACACAAUGAUUUAAAGUUAUUUAACUGUCACAAAGAUCCUAAGUCAAAACAUUGAACAAAACAUGAAAGUUUAGAGUAAAAUACAUUUAGCCACCAUGAAUAUCAGUUUAUUGUUCAGAGAAUUCUGAAAAUAAAAAACAUUCUCUGUUAUAGAGAAGAUAUAUGAUAUGUCAAUGCUACCUUUGUAAAUGUUAUUAAAUCUACAGACUAGAAAUGUGUUGAAACAGUAUUUUCUUGGUCAUGUUAUCAAUCUUUAUGUUUUUUAAAUAUUUUUCGGUUAUCAUUUUUGAUUUCAUUUGUUUUAAAUAUAAAAAAUCAAUACAACAAAGUGCAGAGAAAUACAUCAGUUUGCAUUGUUAGUUUGGAAACAUUACUUUUAAUGAUAAGCAAUCAUAAAACAGAAUGGUACUUUAAGUUUGGUUAAAGAUAUAAUAUAAAUACCGGUAAUUAAAGGUAACAGGCUAUAUAUCUAAGUCAGUAAGAUACAAAGAAAAACAUGAUAUAGUUGUAUUUCUUGUUUCAUAUAAUAAUGACAGAAACUUGGUAGACAUAUGCUGUGAGACCAUAUAGAGAUAGUGGCUAUGAAGUUUUGAGGUCUGGAUAGAACCAGUCUGGUUAAUGUGAGUUACAUAAUUAAUAAUAUUAUCUUAAAAAUCAUAUUAUACACAAAAUGAAAGAAACUACUUAAAAUUGUAGAUUAAGCUUGGUGCAAUUGAGAUCAAGUGCAUUCAACAAAUACUUUGUCCAUAUCAAAUAUUCUUUUGAUAUUGCAACUUAAGGAUUUCACCCUUUCUGUUGUAAUAUAAUGUAAAAACAAUGCUUUGUUGUAAAAUUCAGUGCUUGGAAUAUUUUUGGUUUAUAACAAAUGCGAUCUUAUUUUACUCUGUAGUACAAUUUUUAUUUGUUUGUGGGAUCCUCAAUAUUCACUGGCAAGUUUUGGGGCCAUGAUAUAUACAGCAUUACUGUUUUACUUGUUAAAUAAGACAUCAGUAUUUUGACUAUGUAAUAAUUAUGCAUUAUUAUGGUAAUAUGAACUGUUUGACAAUCCUAGGCUUAUGUCCGAAUUUACAAGGCUUUUAGCUUUGCUUACAGGACUUUCAUUUUGAGUACCAUGACUUCGUCUUUGUUUAUCACGACUUGACCUUUGUUUACCAGGAUUUGAUCUUUGUUUACCAGGACUUGAUCUUUGUUUAUCACGACUUGAUCUUUGU